AUGAAGUGGAAAGAGGAAGACAUAUGCUUGGAGUCAUUACCCCCGACUCCUGCUACAGACAGCACCGUCAUCUCCCUGUCGGAGGUCGAGAAGAACAUCCUCGAGCAACAGAUUCAUGUCCCCGUAUCCAAGCCCGGAUUCUUUGGCAUCUAUCGCUAUGCUAGUCGUUGGGAUCUUGUCUUCCUGCUGGGAAGCUCAAUCGCGUCGAUAAUUGGUGGUGCUGCUUUGCCAUUGUUCACUGUCCUCUUUGGGCGCAUCACGUACGACCGUUUUCAUCACGAGCUCAACAAGUACGUGGUAUACUUCAUCUACCUUGCCGCCGCCGAGUUCAUCACCAUCUACAUCGCCACGGUCGGCUUCAUCUACACGGGCGACCAUGUGGUCCAGCGUAUUCGCGUAGAGUACCUGCGCGCGAUUCUGCGCCAGAACAUCGCCUUCUUCGACAGUCUAGGCGCUGGCGAGAUCACCACGAGGAUUACGGCGGACACUAACUUGAUCCAAGACGGCAUCUCCGAGAAGGUCGGGUUGGCCUUGACGGGGCUGUCGACGUUCAUCACAGCUUUCAUCAUUGCUUAUAUCAAGUACUGGAAGUUAGCGUUAAUUUGCAGCGCCACCUUGAUCGCAUUGCUUCUGAUCAUGAGCGGCGGAUCAAUCUUCAUCAUGGUCUACAGCAAGCGCGCGCUGGAAUGCCAGGGCCGCUCCGGCAGCUUCGCGGAGGACAUUCUGGACUCGGUCCGCACGGUCGUCGCCUUCGAUGCUCAGAACGUGCUCGCGGCCAAGUACGAGGAGCAGCUGAAGGAGUCGGAGGCACCCGCCCGGAAGUCGCAAAUCACGUUCGCGAUCAUGGUCGGAGCCAUGCUGGGCGUCAUGUACCUGAAUUAUGGUAUGGGCUUCUGGAUGGGAUCGCGCUUUAUUGUGGAUGCAAACGAGCAUGUCAAGGUCGGCGAUGUCCUGACGAUCCUUAUGUCGAUCAUGCUGGGGUCGUACAAUCUGGGCAAUGUUGCCCCCAAUGCUCAGGCGCUGUCGAAUGCAGUGGCGGCUGCAAGCAAGCUCUACAGCACGAUCGACCGUGCGUCUCCGUUGGAUGCCUCUUCCGAGAGCGGAAAGGUCCUUGGUCAUGUCAAGGGCAACAUUGUACUCCAGAAUGUUCGGCACGUCUAUCCAUCGCGACCGGAGGUCAUCGUCACGAAUGACCUCAGUGUCUAUAUUCCAGCAUCAAAAACCACGGCGUUUGUGGGGCCGUCCGGGUCCGGCAAGAGUACGGUCAUCGGUCUGCUGGAGCGGUUCUACAACCCCGUAGCCGGUCAUAUCUCACUCGACGGACACGAUCUCUGCACUCUAAACCUCAGAUGGGUACGGCAGCAGAUCUCCUUAGUCUCGCAAGAACCUCGGCUCUUCGCGACCACGAUUUUCGAGAAUAUUCGCUUCGGGCUGAUUGGGUCCGAGUACGAAAAUGAGCCCGAGGCGAGUAUCACUAAGCGCAUUCACGAUGCUGCAAAAAUGGCCAACGCGCAUGACUUCAUCAUGGCCUUACCGAAAAAGUACGACACGAACAUCGGUGGGUUCUCGCUGUCCGGAGGACAGAAGCAGCGAAUUGCGAUCGCUAGGGCCGUGGUGAGCGACCCGAAGAUCUUGUUACUUGACGAGGCGACCUCGGCGCUGGACGCCAAGUCGGAAGAAAUUGUUCAGGCGGCGUUAGACAACGCCUCGAAGGGGCGGACGACCAUUGCCAUUGCCCACCGAUUGUCUACCAUCAAGGAGGCGCAUAACAUUGUUGUCCUUGUCCAUGGCCACAUUGUGGAGCAAGGGUCGCAUAUGGAGCUGAUGGGCCGUGAGGGUGUGUACUAUGAUAUGGUGCAGGCGCAGCAAAUCAAGCAGAAGGAGGCCGCCAAGCGGCAUGAGUCGAUGACUUUCUUCCUCGAUGAGGACUAUAUCGGAGGUGGAUACCCCAUGGAUGAUGAAGACGACUUCAGUGAUGAUGCCUCGGAUAUUGUGCUGAAAACAGGCGCCAAGCAGAGACGCAGAACCAGGAUGUCCAUGUUCAUCCCGCCUUUACCUUCCAAGCAUAAGGAGAACCUGUCGCUAUGGGCGUUGUUCAAAUUCCUUGCCUCCUUCAACCGGCCGGAGUGGCCGAUCAUGAUCCUGGGUCUCUGCGCAUCAACUCUGGCUGGGGGCAUUCAGCCGUCCCAGGCUGUGUUGUUUGCAAAGGCAGUCAAUACUUUGAGCUUACCACCAUUUGAAUACCACAAGCUGCGUCACGACGCUAAUUUCUGGUGCUUGAUGUUUCUCAUGAUGGGCUUGGUGACAUUGGUAAUCUAUGCCACCCAGGGCACGUUGUUCGCCUAUAGCUCCGAGAAACUGAUCUAUCGAGCCCGAAGCCAGGCGUUUCGGGUUAUGCUGAACAAGGAAAUUUCUUUCUUUGACAAGGAGGAGAACACCACCGGUGCCUUGACAUCCACAUUGGGUGCUGAAACUAAACAGCUCGCCGGAAUUAGUGGCGUCACUCUCGGAACCCUUCUUAUUGUCUCUGUCAAUCUUUCAGCCUCCCUUGUUGUGGCUCUGGUCAUGGGCUGGAAGUUGGCUUUGGUAUGCAUUUCAGCGGUGCCGGUCCUUCUGAUGUGCGGCUUUCUGCGCGUGUGGAUGUUGGACCGAUUCCAGCGCCGAGCGAAAGCGGCGUAUCAACAAUCUGCCAGUUCGGCCUGCGAGGCCGCCUCUGCAAUCCGGACUGUGGCUUCUCUGACGAUGGAGAAACAAGUCGUUACUUCUUACGAGACCCAAGUGCAGGCUCAGCUCAAGCAGGACAUCCUCCCUAUCUUCAAAUCAUCCGCCCUCUAUGCCAGCUCCCAAGCACUGCCGUUCCUGUGCAUGGCCCUAGGCUUUUGGUACGGCGGAACCCUCCUUGGACACGGGGAGUACACGCUAUUCCAGUUUUAUGUUUGUUUCAGCGAAGUCAUCUUCGGCGCGCAGGCAGCAGGGACCAUAUUUUCCAACGCACCCGAUAUGGGUAAAGCAAAGCACGCGGCCGCGGAGUUCAAGAAAUUGUUCAGCACUCGGUCAAACAACAAGCACGCCGACAGUAAAGCCAUCCAUGUAUCGUCCAUGCAAGGCUCGGUGGAGUUUCGAGACGUGUCUUUCCGGUACCCUACCCGGCUGGAGCAGCCUGUUUUACGGCAUGUCAACCUCACAGUCAAACCAGGACAGAAUAUCGCGUUGGUUGGGUCCAGUGGCAGCGGGAAAAGCACGAUUAUUGCCCUGCUGGAACGAUUUUAUGACCCAGUCUUGGGCGAAGUGUACGUUGACGGGCGGGAUAUUGCGACGCUCGACAAGAAGUCCUACCGUGAUCACCUGGCAUUGGUCAGCCAAGAGCCGGCUUUAUUCCAGGGAACGAUUCGCGAGAAUAUUCUGUUGGGAUGCACACAUAAAGAAGCGGUUGCGGAGGACACUCUGAUCCAGGCGUGCAGAGAUGCAAACAUCUAUGACUUCAUCAUGUCGCUACCACAAGGUUUCAACACGCUCGUCGGCAGCAAAGGCGGCAUGUUAUCUGGUGGUCAGAAGCAGCGAAUCGCCAUUGCUCGGGCGCUGAUUCGCAACCCGCGUAUUUUGCUGCUGGAUGAAGCCACAUCAGCAUUGGAUUCGGAGUCGGAAAAGGUUGUCCAGGCCGCUUUGGAUUCGGCGGCAAAGGGCCGGACGACGAUCGCGGUUGCUCACCGGUUGAGCACGAUUCAACGAGCGGACAUGAUCUAUUUCUUGGAGCAAGGAGAAGUGGUCGAAUGGGGCACGCACAAGGAGCUGCUGCGUCGGAGGGGCAGAUACUAUGAAAUGGUUAACUUGCAGAAUCUGGCCUGAUUGUGUGACUUGUACAAUAAUAGGGCAAGCACUUGAUCUCAUUCACUGUAUAUAUACUCUAUCAUUUUUCCCGGAUCGCCUGGUUAAGAAUAAUGAAGCCGAUAAGCGA